AUGGCUGGUCUUAUAAAAGGAAGUCUUUUAGUAGUUAUUUCCAUCGCAGCAAUAGCAAUCAUUACGCAAAGAUGGCUUGAUAACAAAAGCUAUCUCUUUAGCCAUGAUGAAAUAGCGGAAGUCGCUAAGAAAGCCGUAGGCAUGCCAAUCGAUGAUGCAUUGGCUAACGUAACAGCAGAGCUAAAAAUUCGUUAUCCCCGCCAUAUUUUAGAAGAAUCUGAAUGGAUAUUUAUUAAUUGUGGUGGUUGGAUGGGAUCAUUUUACUUACUGCAUGCAUCCAUCACUGAAUAUGUGUUGGUGUUUGGAACUGCAAUUGAUACAUCUGGACAUUCUGGUCGUUAUUGGGCUACGAUAUCCGAUACUAUUCUGAGCGGAUCAUUUCGUCAAUGGAAGGAAGGUACGACGUUCAGCAAUGUUCAUCGUCCCGGGACAACAGUUAUACAUGAGAUAGGUGAAGUCACUGCAGUACAAUGGAGUCCGAAUACUUGGAUGGUAGAAUAUGGUCGUGGGUUUAUUCCUUCCACCUUAGGAUUUGCUCUAUCGGACACUAUAUUUGGGACGCAGGACUUUGUCCUUUUAUUUCGAAUACUAAGAAUCUACGCUAGAGCUAUAACUCAGGAAUUACUACAGGGUGUUUUCUAA